AUGUCCUCUAAGCCGCCUCUCAGCUCGUCCGGCCUCGAAGACGAGCUCGCAGCCUUCCGAGCACAAUGGCAAGCCGAGACGCGCCGGCGACAAGCUCUGCAGCGCGACGAAAACCCUCCGAGUUCUUCAUCAGCAAGUCGACAUCAUCGAGUCGAACCACCGGCGCAGGCUGCUCCGCCCCCAGCUCACACUUCGCCUAAACAACCUCGACGCUCGCUGGACAGCGAAGAUGGGGAAUUGGCGGCGCGGGUGGCGGACUUGCAGGUUGAGGAGAAGGAGGUCUCGCCCCGAGCGAAGGGAAAGGCGAAGGAGGUGCGCGAGGUGCCGAGGGAGAAGGAGCGGGAGAGGCCAAAGUCUGCGUUGGAGUUGUACGAGACGGCGGUCGUGAGCGAGCGAGAAGGGAGAAUGCACGACGCCCUCGUCAACUACCGCUCUGCAUUCCGCCUCGACCCGGACGUCGACCGCGCCUACCACCUCGCCUCUCUCGCGGCCGCACAAAAACACGCCGCAUCUCGCGGCUCGCAGCCCUCGCACGCAACCGGCUCAAACUCGCAGGAAUGGCGCUUCGAGCGGACUGUCCAGCUCGGGCCGGACUAUGACGCGAAGAAGGAGCACCGGAGCAAAGAGGAGGCGCAGCGCGAGUCGGGUAGCGCAGAUGCGGAUAGCACGCACCCGUCUAGCACCGGGUUCUUGCUCAAGUCGUUGCUCAAGUCGAUCGCUGAAAACCCUUACGAGCGACCGCCUCCGCCUGUACAUGCUGCGGCACCUACUUCCCCUCGUUCCGCCGCGCAAUCGCUUCCUCCGACAACCACCGAUCUCGACCAGCCCAAAGCGCCACCGAUGACUCCCGAACAAGCCCUUGCAACGCUGCACUUUAUCCCAGCCGACGAAGACCAGCCCCUCCCCCUCGCUCACCUUCCUCGCGAAGUUCUCCUCCUGAUCCUCCGCCACGUCGCCCUCUCCGGUAUGAACCCACCCCGCCCCCAUCCCUCUCACGCCGAUUCUACCAACCCCGACGUCCCAUCCGCUCCAACAACCAAAUCCAAGCGGCUCCCACGCAAACGCACACUGAGGGAAGAGAUGCACCUCCUCGAGAUGGAGCUGGAGCUGGAACAUACGGAGAGGGAGUGGAAGAGUGAUGUAGAGGCGCUAGAGAGGUUUGCGAGGACGUGUAGGGCUGCGAGGGUGUUGACGCUCGAUUCGGGGAUUUGGAGGGCUCUGUGUCUGAGAACGUAUGUCCCGCCGCAGCAGAUUGGGCCGGAGGAAGACGCGUUGCAGCUUGUUAAGCAGCAUGGGAACGACUGGCGGAGGUUCUACAUCGAGCACCCGCGAUGUCGCCUAGACGGCGUCUACAUCUCGGUCGUCACGUACCUCCGCCGCGGCGAGACCGUCUCCGUCUACGCCCCGACGCACCUAAUCACCUUCUACCGCUACCUACGGUUCUACCACCACGGCCUCGCCAUCUCGCUCCUGACCACCGAUCCGCCAGGCCAAGUCGUCCGCCGGCUGAACCCGACGCUGCGCAUGUCGGGCUUGUCGUUUGGACGGUGGAGACUGAGAGGCGAUUUGGUCGAGGUAUGGGGUUUGGAGGACCCAAGUGUGCCGGAAGAGCGGAGGAAGUAUUCGUUGAGGAUGAAUUGCAGGUUCAAGAGUACCGCGCGGGGUCGAAUGAACAAACUCGAGAUGCUCUCUCUCGCGACCGAGAACCGCCGCACGCUCGAAGUGGAAGACGUCCCGAUCCGUCCUUCGAAGCCGUUCUUCUUCUCCAAGGUGGCUUCGUAUGCGCUCGAGGACCGCGUCGAGCAGGCGACGGUCGUGUGA